GCAAGUACGAAUUGGAGGUCCUUUAGGGACAGUAAAAUAAGGAACCGUAUGCUUCGCGCUGCGUGGUUAGUGGGCGGUGGCCGGCAGCUGGUCGUCACGGCAGCCCGGCUGCCUGGCCGGCGCGUCGCCUCCUUCUCCCCGCUGUUCAUGGCGCAGCGUCUCACGGGUAGCUCCACCUCAUCUGCUGCCGCUGGCAGCCCCACGGCAACACACGGUGCACCGCGCAAACACCACAACAUGUUCACCGCCCCACCCAACGUCGGGGCCGGCCGCAAGGAGACGGAGGUGGCAAAUCCCUUCAAGUCGUGGGAGCACAUCAAUCACACGUGGCUCAUUCUGAUGUGCCUCGGCUGCCUCUGCGCCGGCUGGCUCGCCGGGCACUUCGUCGAGGUGGACGAGUCGAAGAUUAAGCCGAAGUUCUCGCGCGAGGACGUCGUGGCGGCGGCGUGUAAGCAGUUCGAGUUUCGCCCGGAUUUGGCGGCAACGAGUAUUCGCGUCGCCUUCGUGCUGGCGGCGCGUCGGGCCGGUUUUCCCGCCGCCACGGUGGACGAGUCGUGCGCCGUCGUGCGUGGAUUGGGCGACAUCGCCGGAGUGAUGAACUACCUGUCCAACACCUUUCAUGCUUCCACCGAGGACAUCGCGUCGCUGGCGGCGAUUGCGGGGGUGAAGUACUUAAACGGUCCGUAUGAGACGGUGCUGGAGGAGUGGCGGUGGGGCCGCAACGACACCGAUGCAGCCCCCGCCCGCAACGUCGCGAAGGACCCGAACCAGAAGACGUUCUCCAUCGUCACCGUCCUGCACUCGCUGGGCGGUCUGACGGAGGCGGAGUGUGUGGCACUUCUCGCCUGCCACAGCGUCGGUGAGUUCCACGAGGACGUGAGCGGGAUCGAGGGCGCCACACACGUGGGUCAGCGGUACACGCUGAGCAACCGUUACUAUCAAUUCCUGCUGGAGCACGAAAAGGAGUUUACCCCGCUGAAGAUUGAGCGUUCGCAGGACAACAAGGAGUUGAAGGAGCUCCCGCAAACGCUGGUGUGCACCUACGCGAAGGAGAAGGUGGACGGGAAGACAAAGAAGCGGCAGUGCGUCUUCAACAAGGCGGAGGUGGAGCUGUUGAAGAACAGGACGUACCGCGAUUUAAUUCUCCGGUACGCCGCGGACGAGGAGGCGUGGAGAGUGCAGUUUCGCAGCGCCUUCACCAAAAUGAUCGACAGCAACUUUAAGCGUCUGCGUCCCUACACGGACCCGAAUUCGUGA